AUGAGCCAGUCAGCCUUCCUCGAGAAGCCCGCUGCCGGCCCCCUCUCAUCACCACAACCCCCGACAGUCCCGAGUCCCCUAGCAGCAACGCGAGAGAAUACAACGACGGGGGAGGAUACAUUGGACAGCGCCGCCAGCAGCGACUACGGGUCCGACUUCUCCCCCGACGAGGAGGAGCUGUUGAAUCUGCUGCUGGCGCGGAUCGGCGCGGACCACGAGCGGGCGACGACGGUUGUUCCUGGAUCCGGUUCUCCUUCUGUAUUUGCUACGCCUGCACUCACGCCUCUUGCGGUGUCUUCUGAUCCCGCUGGAGCGGAAGAAGGGCCCGAGUCAGGUGCAAUUGGUAUUGGUUAUCCUGAGACGAUUGUGCAACUGCAAUUACAGUCACAGUCACUUCCGCGGCUGCCUCUGCCAGAUAUUGAGGAUUAUGUUGGUAUAUCGAGGGAUAGGGUGCCUCGGGUUCUGGGCAGGGAGAAAUGGGGUCCUAUCCCGCAGAGGACGGGGCGGGGAGGGCGUUAUUUUGGUGGUGGGAGAGGGAGGGCGAACGCUGAGCAUCCGAAUUCGGCUGAGGGACGGGAGCGAGAGAGACAGCGUGAAGUUGAGCGAGAGCGAGGGCAUAUAGUUGUGGAUCAGGGCGCUCAGGAUGGGAAUGCGAAUGGACUGCCUAUUCCAGAUAUGCGGUCUCCGCUUGAACGUUUCCGGACACCACCUAGGAAAGCUUUGUCGGUCACGGAUCUGGUGUCGCCUGCUUGGUGUGAGUUACAGUAUUGGUAUACCUUGACGAAAUUCGGGCGGAAGAGGGCUACACCAGCAAUGAAGCAGGGGACCGUGGUGCAUAAAGAGUUGGAAGACCAGGUGCAUACCACCGUCCCUGUUGAAGUUAUGACGAAAGAAGAUGGGUGGGCUCUACGAAUAUGGAAUGUUAUACAGGGACUGCGUACGCUGCGAGUUUCGGGGAUGACUAGAGAAUUGGAGGUUUGGGGGAACGUUGAUGGAGAAAUCGUGACGGGAAUAAUUGACCAGCUGUCCUAUGAAUGUCCGGAUGAGGAGCUGGAGGAAUCUGCAGAAGCGAGUUACGCGGAUCUGAGAACGUCUAAAGCAUUGCUUCCGGAAUAUCAGACCUCGAUUACGGAGUUCUUCCUUUCUCCGGCUGGUGGCGGACGGAAGCUGUCUGAUAUCGGGGUGGCCAAGCAUGAACGGGAUAUGGCAUAUUCGAUGACGAGGUCCCCCGAGACACCGUUAAGGAAGAUAUAUAUCACAGACAUCAAGACUCGCGGGAGGAGCAGUCGCUCUAUCCCAUCUGUUAAUAGUGUUGGCUUCCGCCCUACGCAUCUUCAGCUGCAACUAUACUAUCACUUCCUCACCCGCCUCGUCACCACCGACGACGUCACCAUUGACGCUAUCGCAACGCGAUAUAAGCUCGAAGCUGACAAGCCAUUUUCUGACAGUUUCAUCGCUCAAGUAGGCAGCCUCAACGAGCAAUUCUUCGACGCGUCAGAAGACCCAGAUGCGGACUACCUCCCCUCUUCGUCGGGCGCGGAAAGUGAAGGAGAAUUCCCUUCCAGCAGCCAGGAUUCAAUGACCAUCCUCCUCGAACACAACUCCCUUUCUCGGCUCUGGAAGCUCAUGAAGUCUCAACACCGCCUCACGUUCCUUCCCCCAAACACAAAUCCUAGUACCACCACCCACUCCCAACCCCAGGACGACGCCCAAGAAGACACUCCACCCUUUCCAACCCUCCUCUCUCCUGUCCUAACAGCCACCUACAUAGCACCACCAUCCAACCCUGAUGAAUCCAUGCAAUACAUCGGCAGCCGCUCCUUCCUUUUCAAUCCGUCCUCCCUCUACAGCUACCUAACCGAUGAAAUGCAUUGGUGGCGCGGACACAGGCAACCGCGUGGUGUGCCAAUUAUGGAGGCGUGGAAGUGUCGGAUAUGUGAGUUCCAGGAGGAGUGUACAUGGCGACGGGAGAUGGAGGGGAAGAUGGCCGUUAAUAAGAGGAGGAAGAGGGGAGGCGGGAAGGCGAAUGGAGAAGGGCCGAUGGGACCUGUAGAUGGGAAUGGGAAUGCGGACAAUGAGGGGGGAGAGGAUGUGUCUGGGCAGAGUGUUGUGUAAGGGGAUAGAGCUCCCUGCUUUGCUUUGUAUUGGGCGUUCAUUGCACAGGCACUGUAUACACUCAUUGUUUGAGCUGCAUAAUAUUUGUUUUCUUUCUCAGGAUUCCUGUUUUGGAGUGGGGUGGGGGAUGGCUUUACUUUUACGAGCGCCUCCUGGCAUCGUUUAUCGAACGGUAUAUGCUCUCUUACACCCCUCCUCUCGUCUCUCUACCCCUCUUCUACUUCUUCCCACUGUUUAUUUUUGCAUUAAGGUACCUGGGUAUAUUACAUGUCAAUGAUCACGAUCUCUGAGAU